CCCACGGCCACACACAGCUCUGCCUGGACUACACAGACAGAUGUGAGAUGCGUCUCUGCUGAUCUGAGCCUGCCUGGAGCAUGGACCUGCAUCUUCCCUGAAGCAUGUCCAGGGCUGAAGAGACAACUGCCUAACACCGAGGGCUCAUCCAUCCGCAGAGCAGGGCAGUGGGAGGAGACGCCAUGACCCCCAUCCUCAUGGUCCUGAUCUGUCUCGGGCUAAGUCUGGGCCCCAGGACCCACAUGCAGGCAGGGACCCUCCCCACACCCACCCUCUGGGCUGAGCCAAGCUCUGUGGUCACCCAGGGGAGUCCUGUGACCCUCAGGUGUCAGGGGGACCAGGAAGCCCAGGAGUAUCAUCUAUAUAAAGAAAAAGCAUCAGCAUCCUGGAUUACAUGGAUCCCACGGGAGCUUGUGAAGAAGGGCCAGUUCCCCAUCCAGUCCAUCGCCUGGCAACACGCAGGGCAGUAUCGCUGUCAGUAUUACAGCCACUCUGGCUGGUCCAAGCCCAGUGAUCCCCUGGAGCUGGUGGUGACAGGAGUCUACAGGAAACCCACCCUCUCAGCCCUGCCCAGCCCUGUGGUGACCCCAGGAAGAAGCGUGACCCUCCAGUGUGGCUCAGAGUUGCCAUUUCAUGGCUUCAUUCUGUGUAAGGAAGAAGAUGAACACCCACCAUGCAGCUCCCAGCCCCGUACCCCUGGGUCAUCCCGGGCCAUCUUCUCCGUGGGCCCCGUGAGCCCGAGUCGCAGGUGGACGUACAGGUGCUAUGGUUAUGACUCAAGCUUUCCCUAUGUGUGGUCUUCACCCAGUGAUCUCCUGGAGCUCCUGGUCCCAGGUGUUUCUGAGAAGCCAUCACUCUCAGUGCAGCCGGGUCCUGUCGUGGCCCCUGGGGAGAGGCUGACCCUCCAGUGUGGCUCUGAUGUCGGCUACGACAGGUUCACUCUGUACAAGGACUGGGGACCUGACCUCCUCCAGCGCCCUGGCCGGCAGACCCAGGCUGGGCUCUCCCAGGCCAACUUCACCCUGAGCCCUGUGAGCCGCUCCCACGGGGGCCAGUACAGAUGCUCCGGUGCCCACAUCCUCUCCUCCAAGUGGUCGGCCCCCAGCGACCCCCUGGAUAUCCUGAUCUCAGGACAGAUCCCUGACAGACCCUCCCUCUCAGUGCAGCCAGGCCCCAGGGUGGCUUCAGGAGAGGACGUGACCCUGCUGUGUCAGUCACAGAGUCCGAUGGACACUUUCCUUCUGACCAAGGAGGGAGCAGCCCAUCACCCCCAGUAUCUGAAAUCAAAGCACCAAGCUCAUAAGGACCAGGCUGAAUUCCCCAUGAGUCCUGUGACCUCAGCCCACGCAGGAACCUACAGGUGCUAUGGCUCACGCAGCUCCAACCCCUACCUGCUGUCUCACCCCAGUGACCCCCUGGAGCUCGUGGUCUCAGGACCCUCCAGUGGACCCAGCCCUCCACCCACCGGUCCCACCCCCACACCUGGUCUGGGAAGGAACCUGGGGGUUGUGACCGGGGUCUCAGUGACCUUCAUCCUGCUGCUCUUCCUCCUCCUCCUCCUCUUCCUCGUCCUCCGACAUCAGCGUCAGGGCAAACACUGGACAUCAGCCCAGAGAGAGGCUGAUUUCCAACAUCCUGCAGGGGCUGUGAAGCCAGAACCCACAGGCGGAGGCCUGCAGAGGAGAUCCAGCCCAGCUGCCGACACCCAAGAAGAAACUCUCUCAGAUGCUGCCGUGAAGGACACACAGCCUGAGGACGAGGUGGAGCUGGACACUCAGGCUGCUGCAUCUGAAACCCCCCAGGAAGUGACCUACGCCCAGCUGGACACCUUGACCCUCAGUCGGAAGGCAACUGAGCCCCCUUCAUUCCAGGAAGGGGCCCCUCCAGCUGAGCCCAGUGUCUACUCCACUCUGGCCAUCCGCUAGCCUACGAAGGACCCAGACCCCACACAACGAAAGGAGACUCAGGGACUCCAGAAGGCACGUAAGCUGCCCCCAGUGGACACCAAUGAACCCCAGCCAGCCUGGACCCCUAACACAGACCACCAGGACAUUCUGGAGAUGUUGGGACUCACUUGAUUUCUGCAGUCUAAAUAACUAAUAUCUCUACAUUUUUUAGUUAAAGCAACAGACUUCUCAAUAAUUAAUGAGUUAAUUGAGAAAACUAAAACAGAAGUCAGAAUGUGCUUUAAACUUGUCACAAUAUAAAUAUUACACACGAAAUGAAAUUGGAAGACUAAAAACCACAA